AUGGGUCGCUUCCUGCCCUUCUGCCUUGUUGCCCUUUGGGGCACGAUCCUGCAGCUAGUCACGAGGGAUCUUGUGAACGGCAUACCAAGAAAAACUGUGCCGUACCAACCUGAAUAUCUAAUCACUUUUUGGAAAUCAGGAGUGUCCAAUUUUUCUACCCUCUUGGUGAGUGAAGAAACCAACACUUUGUACGUUGGAGCAAAAGAUUACAUCCUUGCUUUAGACUUGGACAAUAUCUCCCAAGAAAUAACCAGGGAGCCCUGGCUGGUUCCAGAGGACAGGUGGCUUGAAUGUCUUCGCAGAGGGAAGAGCAAGGCCGAAUGCCACAAUUACAUCCGUGUCCUUCACAAGAUAAAUACAACCGGCUUAUACAUUUGUGGCACAAACGCAUUUCAUCCAGCUUGCCGGCAUUACAUGGUCAUCAACAAUAAGACAUUUCAGCUGCAGAGGAAAGCCGCCGAUGGCAGAGGAAAGUGUCCCUUUGAACCUACUGGGAGCUACGCCUCCUUAAUGUUUGAAGGUUCACUCUAUUCAGCCACUUCAAACAACUUCCUGGGUACGGAGCCCAUUAUACUACGCAGUUUGAAGAAUCCUUUACGGACAGAGUUUAAAGCAUCUUGGCUUAAUGGCUCUGACGACUCCUUAACGUAG